CCCACGGUCAGCUGACCCAGAGCAGGCUGUCAGUGCGGCUAACAACAAGGAUCGCAGCCGGGAGCUGUGUGAGGUGAGGCGGGUGUGGGGAGACAGGAGAGUCCGGGGAGUCACAGGCCGACGGGAAUGUCUGGCGCUGCCGCUGUGUGAGUAUGGAGUGCUGAGCCUUGCUGAGCGGUGUCACCUGAGUCCGGUCCGGUCCGGUGCACACAGACAUAUUAUUUCCAUGACCUCAAUGUAAACAAGACUGUAAUGGAUGUGAACUGCUAACCCAUGGACACCCAGGCAGGAAGUUCUGAAGAAUCUGAAGGAGCUCAAGAGAGAGGUUCUGCGUAUGUAUGGCAGGUGGGGUCUUCCCAUGUUUCUCCAGUAAGAUUUCAUGGACUGGGAGCACGAGCUGUGCUACAAGCCAGCCUUGGAAGAAAUCAUGGACUGUUGCUUACUAGUGAUGGUGAAGUCUUUAGCUUUGGAAAACAGCCAUGGAAGGAGAAUGCAAAUGACAUUCCCUGCGAUGUCCCUUUAUUGGAGAAAACAUUGACUGGCCACCAUGUGAUGUGUGUUGCUGCAGGAAGUUAUCACAGUGGAGCAGUGACUGAAAAUGGAGUGGUGUACAUGUGGGGUGAGAACACUGCUGGGCAAUGUGCAAUUGCCAACCGCCCAUUUUUACCAGAACCUGUACCAAUCACCAUAACUGACCAGGAAAGCACACCUCCCCUGUGGGUGAGGGUUAUACAGCUGUCAUGUGGAGAAGAGCACACACUUGCUUUGUCCGUCAGCAGGGAAAUCUGGGCCUGGGGCAGUGGCUGUCAGCUUGGAUUAAUAACUUCAACCUUCCCUGUGACUAAGCCCCAGAAGGUGGAACAUCUUGCAGGUCGUGUUGUCGUUCAGGUCGUAUGUGGUGCAUUUCACAGCCUGGCUCUGGUGCAGUGCCCUCUUGCACAAGAUGUAAAGCCUGUUCCGGAGAGAUGUAAUCACUGCAGAGAGCUGCUGAUAACUAUGACUGAGAAGGAGGACCAUGUCAUUAUUUCUGAUGCUCACUGUUGCCCCCUUGGGGUAAUGUUAGCAGAAUCCCAACCUGACACAAGGACUAGUAAGUCUCCCCUGUCCUCAAAAAAUAAAAGUUCAAGAGUGGAGGAAGUUACAAUUCCUUCUGAUACACAAGAGGACAGGGUCAGUUGUGGCUCAAAACUUACAGACUCUGAGACAGAAGUGGGCACAGAUGUGGUGAGCAUGUGCGAAAGCGAUAUUGAUGGCAAUGCUGACAAGCCAGGAUGUGACACAGAUCUACAAUCUGACAUUACUCAAUCCACAGAGGAAUCCUCUCUGCACACUGCAGCUUUAGAUCACUCAAAGACUAAAGAGCACAAGUUAACAGAUGUAGUUGACUGUCUUUUGAGUCCUGCAACCACUACCACAUCUGCUCUCAACAGCCUGGUGGUGUCCUGUGCGUCAGCAGUCGGCGUCCGAGUAGCAGCUACAUGUGAAGCUGGAGCGUUGUCACUCAAGAAAGUGAUGAACUUUUAUUCUGGAUCUCUGUGUGAUGCAGGAGUCCAGAAUCCUUUAGGGCCCCCUGUACAAGAAGGACUGAGGGACAGCAGGGAAGAGCAAGUGAAGUUAGAGUCUAUGCAAGGCAAGAAAAGUUCCAGUCUUGUAGAUAUAAGAGAGGAAGAGGCCGAAGCAGGCUGUCGAAGACUCUCCUUACCAGGACUCCUUUCCCAAGUUUCCCCACGGUUACUAAGGAAAGUUGGGAGGGCAAAGAUGAGGACUGUUGCCUUGACCCCCACAAAUAGUGGGGAAGCUGACGUAUUGCUGCCAUGUUUAAGGACUGAAGUUUGGAGUUGGGGAAGAGGCAAAGAGGGGCAGCUAGGGCAUGGAGAUGUUUUGCCAAGGCUGCAGCCAUUGUGUGUCCGCAGCAUGGAUGGCAAAGAGGUGGUGCAACUGGCAGCUGGUAGCCACCAUUCUGUUGCCCUUACUGCCAAGGCUCAGGUUUAUUCUUGGGGAAGUAAUGUUUCUGGACAGCUUGGCCACUUGCAGUCACCAACAACGAUGCCACGACUUGCUAAGGUAUGUGAUGAUGGCACUGUGUGGAGUGUGGCUGCUGGGCAGGAUUAUUCCCUCUUUUUAGCACAUAGAAAAAAUGAAUACCAGCCUGUUGUUUGCUAUAGUGGACCUGGAGCAGCUAAUGUUACCAGUGAUGUAGAGACGGUGCAGGAACCAGUUCAGCUAACAGAGUGCACCCAGCUGGGAUACAUCUGUAGUGUUUUUGCUGGAUCCAAAAGCUGCUUGGCACUUGUAGACCAAAACAUGAUGGGUUAUAUUGGAAACCUCCAUGAGCUGGCAUCCACUGAGAGGAGCUUUUAUUGUCACCUGAGUGAUGUGAAGUCUCAAAUACUUAGGCCUCUUUUAGGACUAGACAACUUGGGCUCUAUGACGGCUGUUCAGCUUCUGCAGGACAUGGCCACAAAGUUCUGCAAACUCUGCUACCUGAUUGGCCAGCACGGAACAUCACUCAGCAACUUCCUCCGGGGCGCCAAGGAUGCACUAAGCCUUUCCAUUUUGGAGCAUUCAAAUAUCUUCUUGGAUAGUUAUACAGAGUAUUGUACUACUCUGUCCAACUUUCUCGUUAUGGGAGGAUUUUCACUUCUCUCCAAAUCAGCAGUGGACUUCUUCAGCAAGAACCAAGGCGUUGUUCAGAGUCUUUACCAUGGAACAGAAGAGGGUGCCCCUAUUCCUGAAACACUCAAUUCCCUCUUCUUUUCACCAAUGACCCGACUGCAAGAGUAUGCCAGACUGUUGUUGAAACUCGCCAUGUGCUUUGAAGUGUCCUCACCAGAGUACAAAAAACUUCAAGACUGCAGCACUAGUUAUGAUGCUUUGGCCUUGGCUUUAAGUAGAAGGAAGAAGGAGGCUGAAUACACCUUGGGAUUCUGGAAGACCUUCCCAGGAAAGAUGACGGAUUCUUUGAGGAAACCAGAAAGACGUCUGAUCUGUGAAAGCAGCAACCGUGGACUGUGUUUGCAGAAUGCUGGACGCUUUUCUGUCAAUUGGUUCAUUCUUUUCAAUGACUCCUUGGUUCAUGCCCAGUUCUCUACGCAUCACAUUUUUCCACUGUGUACACUCUGGGUAGAGCCUGUAUCUGAAGAAAUUGCCGGAAUAAAUGGUUUAAAGAUCACAACCCCGGAGGAACAGCUCACUUUGGUGGCUUUGUCACCACAAGAAAAGACUAAAUGGCUCAGGGCGAUUAGCCAGGCAGUGGAUCAAGCUCUGCGGGGAGUACAUGAGCCUUCACCCACCACUAGUGGAAGCAUUGUAAGACAAGAUCCUCCUCUAUCACGCAGCGCUAAAUACACUUUCUACAAGGAUGCACGACUUAAAGAUGCCACCUAUGAGGGCCGCUGGAUAAGUGGAAAGCCACAUGGCAGGGGGGUAUUAAGCUGGCCAGAUGGAAGAAUAUACACUGGUGAUUUUCGGAAUGGCUUGGAGGAUGGCUAUGGAGAGUAUAUAAUCCCCAACAAAGCCUUGAAAAAGAAUGACCGCUAUCUUGGCAAUUGGAAAGAUGGCAAAAUGUGUGGUGAAGGCACCUUCUGGUAUGCAAAUGGAGAAGUAUAUGAGGGAUGCUUUCAGGACAAUACCCGGCAUGGGCAUGGGCUUCUUCGUAGUGGCAAAUUGACUUCCUCUUCUCCUAGUAUGUUUAUUGGACAGUGGGUGAUGGAUAAGAAGACUGGUUAUGGAGUCUUUGAUGAUAUCACUAGAGGAGAAAAAUAUAUGGGUAUGUGGCAAGAUGAUCUACGGCAAGGCAACGGGCUUGUGGUGACUCAGUUUGGUUUAUAUCAUGAAGGAGCCUUUAGCCUCAAUAAAAUGAUGGGAACUGGUGUUCUUCUUUCUGAAGAUGACACGGUCUAUGAAGGAGAAUUUUCAGAUGACUGGACGCUGAAUGGGAAAGGAGUCCUCAGAUUGUCCAAUGGUGAUUGUAUUGAGGGAGUUUUCAGUGGUGAAUGGGGAUCUGGUAUCAAAGUCAGUGGCACCUACAUAAAACCAAGCUUGUAUGAAGGGGAGAAGGAGGAAACUAAACCACUCAAGCUGGGCUGUCUUUCCGUUCCAGCUGAUGAAAAGUGGAAGGCCAUCUUUGAAGAGUGCUGGAGACAACUGGGUUGUGAGGCCCCAGGGAAUGGCGAUCCGCUGAAGGCCUGGGAUAACAUUGCUGUGGCAAUUACAACAAAGAGGCGCCAACAACAAGACAGUCCAGAACCAUUAAGCCGAUCACAUACACAAAUGCUGGAGAGUUUGGAGCGAAUUCCGCAACACAGUGGUACCUUCACCAUGGAGAAAUAUGAGAAGAUCAAGUCAUAUUUAAUAAAUGCUUGUGAAACCCCAAUGCAUCAGCUAGGACGGCUUUUGGAAACUUUGGUGGCAGUGUACAGAAUGACUUAUGUAGGAGUAGGUGCCAACCGAAGACUUUUAAAAGAAGCAGUAAGAGAGAUUAAGUCUUACCUCAAGCGGAUCUUCCAGCUGGUAAGAUUUUUGUUUCCUGACCUCCCUGAAGAAGGUGGCACAAUUCAGCCAUCAACCACCCUCAAAGAAUCCCCAGACAAGCCACAUAUCUGCAAUGGGCGAACAAGCUCAGAGGCUGAAUCUCCUGAACCUGGGUAUGUGGUGACUAGUUCAGGACUACUUCUACCUGUGCUAUUGCCCAGACUGUACCCUCCCUUGUUUAUGCUGUAUGCCUUGGAACAUGAGAAGGAAGAUGAUGCCUAUUGGGAAUGUGUUUUAAGACUGAACAAACAACCAGAUACAGCACUGCUUGCCUUUUUGGGAGUACAAGAAAAAUUCUGGCCAACCAGUAUUAAUUUCUUGGGUGUAAAUACAAAGGUUUUACCAAGCACAAAAGAUUCCUGUUUUGCAUCAGCGGUGGAGUGCUUGCAGCAGAUUAGCACUACAUUCACUCCAGCAGACAAACUUAAGGUCAUCCAACAAACUUUUGAGGAGAUCACACAGGAAGCACAAGAGGCACACAAGGAAGGUUUCCUUUGGUCCAUGGAUGAGUUGUUCCCUGUUUUCCUAUAUGUCGUGCUGAGGGCAAGGAUACGAAAUCUGGGUUCAGAAGUGCAUUUAAUAGAAGAUCUUAUGGAUCCAUAUCUACAGCAUGGGGAACAAGGAAUUAUGUUUACGACACUAAAGGCAUGCUAUUACCAAAUCCAGCGUGAGAAACUUCACUAGAUGUUGAAAGAAACCAGUAAUAGUGAAAGAAAACAUGGAACAGAGUACAGUGUUAUCUGCAGUGCUGUAACCUGCGGUCUGAUGCCAAGAAUGGUGUUCUAUGGCAGGCGCAGAUAGUUCUGGACAAAUGUUUGGAGUUCAUUUGUUACUGAAGUGGUCAUGUUUUCUGAUGGUAUUUAAUAAUUUGAAUACAAAGGAUUGACAUAUAUGGCUGCUGGGCUCUGAAACAGUGAUGGCUAUUGGUGCUAACAGAGUACAGUAAUUGGUGGAAAUCUGUCUGGAACCUGGAGUGAUAUAUACUGGAUAGUAUAUAGCUUGUUCCUAAUGCUGCUUCUUUUGAGCCAAUGUCUGAUGCGGAACAGGUAUUAAGGUUGCAGCACAGAUAGUGAAGAAAAAAAUGAAAAUAAUAUUGUACAAUAUAGUACAACCUUGCCCAGCUGCAGAAUUAACCUCUUAUACAUCUACAGUGUUAAAGCACUGCAUAUUACAGAAAAAAUAAGUUCUAGCUUGCCUUUUUUCUUUCAUUUUUUUUAAUCUUUUAGUUCUUGUUUUGGACUAUAUUUCAGAUUGUCACCUUUUUUCCACACAGAUGUCAUGAAAUUUAGGAAUGUAUCCAAGUUACAUUAAAAUCAGACCUGUUCCAUUGAUCAUAAUCAUGACUAACGAGUCAUAAGUAGUCUGAGACCCAUUGACAGCAUAUAUGAAAUAAGUUGCAUCACUAAAGUUCUAUGACAUCAUUUAGUAUUGGCUGUUAAAUUAAAUUUAUAAUAUGGAGUAACUUAUCCAAAGUUGACUUGCUAUGAUGGAACAUGAAGAUCAGCUGUAGCUUACCUUGUUCAUACAGAGUAAUAAUAGGAAUUACUUUGAGCUGGACAUACAUACAGCUAUAGCUUUCAUCUUCAAUAUAGCAGGUACUUACCAUGUGCUGCCAUCUGAGAUUUUGUUAGCAGCACAAAUGCAUGAAAUAUGCUUCCAUCCAAUAAGAAAAAAAAAGAAAAUUACCAAUUAUACCUCCUAUAAUACAGACAGCUGCCAGCAAGGGUGCCAUGUACUGUUUGAAUAUUUCUACAUGAAGGCCAUCCAGUUGGACAGGAGUGAAGAUGUUAAGCCUUUACUACUGGACUAAUCUGGAGAUCUCCAGUCAGUCAUAGGUUAUGUCUUGGUAGGUAGAAGAAAUCCCAGCACACACGAGU